AUGCCCCGAAGUCAUAACAUCUCCUCGCACGACCUCAGGACACUUUCCUCUCUGGUGGGCGGUUCUAAGAGUAAAGAUCCACCUGAAACCAUUCGGCUUGCUAUGCAGACUAUCAAUGGCUUGCGAGCUGAUCUGGACACUGCCGGCCGAACAUGUACACAGCUAAGAUCUCAACGGGACAAUGUCCAUAACCAUAAGCAGGAACUGAAGAGUAACAAGGAGGCUCUCGAGAGGGCGGUAAAAAUGUUGGAGGAGAAGCUCGCGAGACUAGCAACAAUCAAUAGUUGUCUAAAAGCCGAGCGUGAGGCAGACCAGAGGGAACAUGGUAAGCUGGAGGAUGAGCAUUCGAAGCUGCAGGCGGAUCACGCAGCAUUGCAGGCGGCCAAUACGCGGGUUCAUCGGCAGUUGAAUGAAUCCAUGGGCGUGCCUAACGCCAGUUGGAACGAAUGCGUAGCGCGUGCCGCAGAACUUGCAAAGUCCGAAGGCGAACAUGCACCCUGCAACAAUCAAAUACUUAGGACACAGGAAGAGGCGAACAAAAAAAUCUCCGCUGCUAGAGAGCGGCGCGACUCUGCGGAAGCUGAGACGGCUCUCGUUACAGAGCAAAAGCAACAAGCCAUGAAGCUGUAA